GCAUGCAAAGGUGUCUCUCUGUAUCAAAAACUCCACAUCAAACAUGAGAAAUUGUGGCGCAGUUUCCCGUUGCACGUGCUUCGUCAUAUAGCUCACGCGAUGGACUAUUUGCACUCUCGUACACAUCCAAUCGUGGUUCGACAUUUGACCAGUCGGAACGUGUUCCUCGAGCCUAAAGUUGUUUUGAGCUUAACGGACUACUCUAAUGCGGACUGCAACUAUCAGCACCCCGGAUAUGUGCCUAUUCCAAGUCACAGUAUUAAAUAUAUCGCUCCUGAACUGCUUUUGGACGUGAUGAAAACAUGGAACGCAGAAGAUGCGCGGGUCACGCAAACAAGCAAUCCAGAUGCGUUUGACACGGAUCUUGAUCCACACUGGGCGGGGUGUUCUGACAAAAUCCAGCUGUACCGAAUAACCGAUCUGGAUCGAAUCUCACGCAGUUCCACCGACUGUCCGCUCCAUUCUGGAUCCUAUUCACAAAUUGAUCAGCAUCCUUCGUUUGACUUGCCGGUUGAUCGAAGCAGAACUGGAUCAUUUUGUGAAGCACAGAUAUCCGGGCCACAAACUCGAGGUCGACGAAGAACUCAAUCAUUUAUCGUGGGAUUGGAUACACUGAUGAACCAUUUGUGUCAUUCCAGUGAAUUUCCUACGUCAAACUCUGGUACCAAUUCUUUCAAGUGGCCUAAUUCAGACAAAUCCAAUCUGCAGAAUUACUCGCUUCUGCUCCAUUCCGAUCCGGUUGAUGCGCCCAAUUCAAGUCUGCAAGUUCCCGCCCUGGGUCGGACCGGGAAACCGUCCUCGACCGGUACGAUCAAUCUGGUUCAAAGAAGAAGAAAACGCAAGAUGAAACAACGCGGCACAUUCUUCAUUCAUCAAACCAUGUUUGACGCUUCCACAGAUGUGUUCGCUUUGGGGUAA